AUGCAAAUCGCCUGCAACAGCGUCGACCGCUUGCAUAUCCACUUAGCCAGAAGCUUCAGUUUCUUCAGCCCAAAGACGGCGUAUGACUUCGACAGCGUCUCGCUCGCCUCGUCGCUGAGAAUCACCCGCCCCUCGCGCUUCAGCGUGCGCACCGCUCGCCGGGCGUCCAGUCAUUGCAAAUGUCCACGCCGGGGCCAUUAUGUAUGGCCGCGAAGAUCGCGCGCGUCGACUUCGGCGUCGCCCGUCAUCACCGCCGUCUCGAGGUGCGGAUUGUCGCCGAGCUUGGCGCGCAUCCCUGCGAGCCAAGGCGAUGACGUUGGCGCCGACAGUGUCAACGGCCGGGCAGCCAAAUUAGCCGCCUGA